AUGGUCGAGUCUAAGGAUGUGGAUACGGAUAGACUGAUGCGUGAAUUAGGUCAGACUGGACGGUAUCAUCUACGUGUUUAUGUGCUGGUAGCGUUAGCAGCUGUUCAAGUUGGAUUGCUGCACACUACUUACAUAUUCCUUGCUGGAGACGUCCCGUACAGAUCUAAAGAAAUGGAAAGCGGUGUGGGUUUAGACGUAGAUGCAUUGAUGCAGGAACUGGGUCAGUUCAAAAAGUUUCAUUUGUUGAACUAUGUGCUGUUAUCGCUAGUACCAUUUGCACUUAACCAUUACGGUGUUAACUAUGUCUUCUUAGCAGCUGAUGUUCAAUACAGAUGUCUAGUACCAGAAUGUGAAGCAGCAAAUACCACCGAAUACAAUCCAAUUUGGUUAGAAAAUGCUUUGCCACCGAAUGGUAGAGAAAGACGCUGCAAAGUGAAAGUUCCAUUGGAGGAUGGAUUCUGCCAACCUGAUCACUUCUCUGAUAAGUUACGAUCCUGUGAACAAUGGUUAUAUGAAACACAUGAUACGAUAGUUGCUGAGUUUAAUUUAGCAUGUCAAGAUUGGAAGCGAACCUUGGUGGGCACAAUUCAUAAUAUUGGUAUGCUCGUGUCUCUGCCUAUCUUCGGCUUUAUAUCAGACCGAUGGGGACGCAAGCGUGCCUUAAUAUUAAGUUCCUGUUUGUUAGCAAUUAUAGGCACUAUGAAAGCAUUUUCUAUCUCAUAUGAAAUGUACGUAAUAGUGGAAUUUCUCGAAACCGUCGCUGGCGCAAGCACCUUUCCUGCGGCCUAUGUCCUCACUAUAGAAUUGCUGGGACAAAAUAAACGCGUUUUGACGACAGCAUUUCUGGGUAUAAUGUUAGCCCUUGGAGGAAUAAGUUUUGCUAUGUUUGCAAAAACCUUUCCAUAUUGGAGAACUUUUAUCUUAGUGGUCUAUCCACCGUCUCUACUUUUUCUCUCGUAUAUAUACUUCUUACCGGAAAGCAUCAGAUGGCUUUUAUCAAAGGGACGUAAAGAAGAAGCAUUUAAAAUAGUAACGAAAGCUGCUAAAAUGAACAAUGUAACACUUUCCGAUGAAACUAUCCGACAAUUUACUGUUGAAGAAAAACAAACCAAAGACGUAAAAACAGAAACAAACGAAGAAGAGAAGCAAGGUUUAUGGGUGCAAGUUAUAAAAUCCCCCCAUUAUUAUGACUCGUUUGGCGAUUUGUUCAUGGUGGUGGAUAACGUGUACCUUUGUAUUUUAUGGUCUGGCAAUAAAUUCUGUAUCUCUGGCUGGAGAUAA